AGCACCGCCGCCAUGAUGUGCGAGGUGAUGCCCACCAUCAGCGAGGAUGGCCGGCGGGGCUCGGCGCUGGGCCCGGACGAGGCGGGCGGCGAGCUGGAGCGCCUUAUGGUCACGAUGCUCACGGAGCGCGAGCGCCUGCUGGAGACGCUGCGCGAGGCGCAGGACGGGCUGGCUACGGCACAGUUGCGGCUGCGCGAGCUGGGCCACGAGAAGGACUCGCUGCAGCGCCAGCUCAGCAUCGCUCUGCCCCAGGUCUGGGCGGCACCGGGGCGGGGCUUGCGGGAGGCGGGACCUCGACCACUGAAGGCCCGGCAGCGGGAGAAGAUGAACGAUGACCACAACAAGCGGCUGUCAGAGACAGUGGACAAAUUGCUGAGCGAGUCCAAUGAACGGUUACAGCUGCACCUCAAGGAGCGCAUGGGGGCGCUGGAGGAGAAGAAUUCACUGAGUGAGGAGAUCGCCAACAUGAAGAAGCUUCAGGACGAACUGCUGCUCAACAAGGAGCAGCUCUUGGCAGAGAUGGAGCGGAUGCAGAUGGAGAUCGACCAGCUGCGGGGCAGGCCACCAUCCUCCUACUCCAGGUCUCUCCCCGGUAGUGCCCUGGAACUUCGUUACUCCCAGGCACCCACAUUACCUUCUGGUGCCCACCUGGACCCCUAUGGGGCCGGCAGUGGCCGGGCAGGCAAGAGGGGCCGCUGGUCAGGGGUCAAGGAUGAGUCCUCCAAGGAGUGGGAGCGGUCUGCCCCUGCGGGGUCCAUGCCACCCCCGUUCCCUGGGGAGCUGGAUGGCUCAGACGAAGAGGAGGCUGAGGGGAUGUUUGGAGCUGAGCUACUUUCCCCCAGCGGACAGGCCGACGUGCAGACGCUGGCCAUCAUGCUUCAAGAGCAGCUGGAAGCCAUUAACAAGGAGAUCAAGCUCAUCCAAGAGGAGAAGGAGACAACAGAACAAAGGGCUGAGGAGCUGGAGAGCCGGGUGUCUGGCUCUGGCCUGGACUCACUGGGCCGCUACCGCAGUAGCUGCUCACUGCCCCCCUCCCUCACUACCUCUACCCUUGCCAGCCCCUCCCCUCCCAGCUCUGGCCACUCAACACCCCGUCUGGCACCUCCUAGCCCUGCCCGCGAGGGCACCGACAAAGCUAAUCAUGUCCCCAAGGAGGAAGCUGGUGCUCCACGAGGGGAGGGACCAGCCAUCCCAGGAGACACCCCACCUCCCACUCCCCGCUCUGCCCGUCUUGAGAGAAUGACGCAGGCCUUGGCACUGCAAGCAGGAUCCCUGGAAGAUGGGGGGCCUUCACGGGGAAGUGAAGGCACCCCAGAUUCCCUGCACAAAGCCCCCAAGAAGAAGAGCAUCAAGUCAUCCAUAGGCCGUCUCUUUGGCAAGAAGGAGAAGGGACGAAUGGGACCACCAGGCCGGGACAGCUCUUCUCUGGCAGGAACACCCUCAGACGAGACACUGGCCACGGAUCCUCUGGGGCUAGCCAAGCUGACAGGCCCAGGAGACAAGGACCGAAGGAACAAGAGGAAUCAGGAGACCAAGGAGAUCAGCUGGGAGCAGAUCCUGGCAUAUGGUGACAUGAACCACGAGUGGGUGGGCAACGACUGGCUGCCCAGCCUGGGCCUGCCCCAAUACCGAAGCUACUUCAUGGAGUCGCUGGUGGAUGCCCGCAUGUUGGAUCAUCUUAACAAGAAGGAGCUCCGGGGUCAACUCAAGAUGGUGGACAGCUUCCACAGGGUGAGUCUGCAUUAUGGGAUCAUGUGCCUGAAACGGCUCAAUUACGACCGGAAGGACUUGGAGCGGAGGCGGGAAGAGAGUCAGACCCAGAUCCGAGACGUGAUGGUGUGGUCCAAUGAGCGGGUCAUGGGUUGGGUGUCCGGACUGGGACUGAAGGAAUUCGCCACGAACCUCACGGAGAGCGGGGUGCACGGGGCGCUUCUCGCCCUGGACGAGACCUUCGACUACUCCGACCUGGCCUUGCUCCUGCAGAUCCCCACGCAGAAUGCGCAGGCCCGGCAGCUCCUGGAGAAGGAAUUCAGCAACCUCAUCUCCUUGGGCACAGACAGGCGGCUGGACGAGGACAGCGCCAAGUCCUUCAGCCGCUCCCCAUCCUGGCGGAAGAUGUUCCGAGAGAAGGACCUCCGAGGCGUAACCCCCGAUUCAGCUGAGAUGUUGCCCCCCAACUUUCGUUCGGCCGCAGCAGGGGCCUUGGGAUCUCCGGGGCUCCCUCUCCGCAAGCUGCAGCCGGAAGGCCAGACUUCUGGGAGUUCCCGGGCAGACGGCGUUUCGGUCCGGACCUAUUCCUGCUAG